GUUGGCAAGAUGGCGCCAGCUGAGCCGACCGCGCUCAGUUCAAAAGAAGACAAACAACAAGAGAGUGGAUGUCCGUUGUCUCGUCCCCCUCCCCUGUAUCCGAACCCCUCAGGCGGAACGUUGUAUCCUUUAUCAGAAUUACGUCAGUGUUACCUGACUCAAGGGGGCGGAGGAAGCUGUGAUCUACAUGGGCAGGAUCAACUUAGUGCCCACAUGGGGAGGGACCAGACAAAAGGUCCGUCCAAUGCGGACAGGGGGCAUAGCCUACCGUCUCUGGUCACUCCCAGGGGCGGUAGUGCGAGUGAUAGUGUAGAGGAGAAAGAAGGGACUGGCUUUGAGUGCAGGGGGAAGGGUAUAGUUCCAGAGGCAUUCCCCAUGAUUAAAUUCUUCGUUGGCAAACCGAAGCCAACUCCAGAACAACUGAGGGACAGACGACGGGAUCGAGAACCACUCAUCAAGAGGAGCACUACACCUGCAACGCUGACACUUCCGAUGUUGCUGAUGUUUAUGGUGUCCCUGGCGAUUACAGCGUGUCGCAAACAACUACAAUGGAUGCAAGAACAUACGCAGAAGAUUAAAGAAGAAAGUGAUCCUUUCGGAAACUGGCUGAGCAGACUGUUUGGGGGAGUGGGUUCAUGGUUAAAGCAAUUGCUUAAAGCUCUCGCAGAAGGAUUUGCGAUCUUUGUGUGUAUUCUAAUCUGUCUUCCAUGCUUUGUAGGAUGCUUGCAGAACUGCCUUCAACGAAUGAUGGACAAGACCUUUGACUAUCAAAUUGAGUAUCAUAGAUUGCAUGAAAAAUUAUAGAGGGGCUUAGGUUGUUGCGUUCAUGCUGUAACGGGGCAAGGCUUGGCCGAGCACGGGAAAGGAUUCCCUGUUGCUCUGAUGAUUGCUUAAGAAUUGUAGAAAAGUAGUAGGAAUAGUGUGCUGAAAUAUAUUUAGGAUUAGGCGUUUUGCGCUGCUUCGCGAUGUACGGGUUAGGCAUGUGUAUAAGUAGUAUUGAGCUUAGGGAGGGGGAGAUGUUGUAGUAGGCGUCUUGCGGGGCUACGGGAUGUACGGGAUAGGCCUCUCCCUAAGCAUAGAGAGACAGUGCUAUCGUGCUGACCUUGAUGCAGAGAAAACAGGAGAAGAAGAAGGAUGAGAAAAGAAUGUGGAAAUGGCCAAAUAAGGCACAAUGUUAUCUGGUGUGAACCAAUCAGAGUGGGACAUGACAGCACGGUUUUGUAGGUAAAAAUGUAUAUAAUCUGUGUUUAGUAGUGAAUAAACGCCAUUUUGCUGCUCAU